AUGAAAGACUACUCACGUCGUGCAAAUUAUGUAAACCACAGAUCUAUUUUAGUGCUACGAACAUGUACUGCUGUAAAAGAGCGGCAUCUAUCCAUAAAAGGGCAAGAACCAGUUAUACGCUUCAUUUCUAUUGAAUUCAAUCAAAAUAUCGGCAUAAUGAAUCAAUUUAAAUCGGGUGUUCUUGUACAAGAUCAAUUAAUUAAAUUAUUUAAAAUAUGUCAAGAACAUAAUUUUGCAUUACCAGCCAUUAAUGUAACAUCAUCAUCGACAAUAAUUGCUGCUUUGGAAGCGGCUAAAGAAGCAAAUAGUCCAAUUAUAUUACAAAUAAGUCAAGGUGGUGCAGCAUUCUUUGCCGGUAAAGGACAACCUAAUGAUAAACAACAAGCAUCCAUAGCUGGUGCAGUAGCAGCAGCACACUUUAUACGUUCAAUAGCACCAUUAUAUGCACCAGUUGUAUUACAUACAGAUCAUUGUGCAAAAAAAUUAUUACCAUGGUUAGAUGGAAUGUUAGAUGCAGAUGAAGAAUAUUUUAAAAAAAACAACCAGCCAUUGUUUUCAUCACAUAUGAUUGAUUUAAGUGAAGAAAGUAAAAAUGAUAAUAUAAAAGAGACAAAAAAAUAUUUAGAACGUAUGGCACCAAUGCAACAAUGGUUAGAAAUGGAAAUCGGUAUUACGGGUGGUGAAGAGGAUGGUGUAAAUAAUGAAAACGUGGAUAAUAAAUCAUUAUAUACACAACCGGAAGAUGUUUAUGAUGUCUAUGAUGAAUUAAUAAAAGUAUCACCAUAUUUUUCAAUAGCUGCUGCAUUCGGUAAUGUACAUGGGGUUUAUAAACCAGGUAAUGUUAAAUUACAUCCAGAAUUACUUGGUAAACAUCAAGCAUAUGCAAAAGAAAAAUUAAGCAGUAAGACAGAUAAACCAAUUUUCUUGGUUAUGCAUGGUGGUUCAGGUUCAACGAAACAAGAAUUCAAAGAUGCCAUUAGUCACGGAGUUGUUAAAGUUAAUUUGGAUACAGAUAUGCAAUUUGCAUAUUGUUCUGGUAUUCGUGAUUACAUGUUAAAAAAUAAAGAUUAUUUAAUGUUACCAAUUGGUAAUCCUGACGGUGCCGAUAAACCAAACAAGAAAUAUUAUGAUCCACGUACAUGGGUCCGUAAAGGUGAAGAAACAAUGAAAAAACGUGUUCAAGAAGCAUUAGAAGAUUUUAACUGUGUUGGCAGUAUGAAUAAGUAG